AUGGCUGAAAAUCAAGAAAAAACACUAGCAAUGCCAUCAAACCCUUCUCGUGCAGACACAAAUUCAAGCAGGUACAAGAAGAAGGAAGAAGCCCCAAUCCGUGAAGCAUCCCAAGAGCAGGAAGUUAAAGACUCCAUAAGCCAAUUUUUGUUCGAGAAGAAAUUAACUCAUAGUGAUGUAAAGGGUCAGAAUCGAAUAAUAAUCCCGAAGGCAUAUGCUGAGCAGUUCUUCGGAGAAUUCGCAAAGCUAAAGACUUCUGCUCGAAUAUUCAUGGAUGAUAUGAGAACUGGGAAAGUUUGGAACUUUUGUUUCAGGAGUUGGCAAAAUGGUGCAAGCCGGAUGUAUGUACUGGAAGGAACUGGAAAGUAUACACUAGAGAAAAACGUCCAAGUUGGAGAUUUUAUCAUGCUCUACAAAGAUAGUCAGACACAAAAAUAUCGAAUCAGCACGCGUAAAAAAGCAGAGGAAGGGGGUAUUUACCAACCGGAACAGGAUGGCCUGCCACAAACCAAUUUCCCAGUGAAUUAUGAAGGUAAAAAUCAUGUGCAAACUAUCAAAUUUGAAGUUGUCGAUGAAUAUCAACCAGAGUUUCUUGCUCCUGAGGACCAAACAAGUCAGUUGGGCCAUGCACCUGCAAAAAUUGAUGAAGAAUAUGUGAUGAAGAAUUUCAACAUGUCAUGGGAUGCAUUUAUCAAUUUCAACCCAUUUGAGCUUUAA